UCUCCUUCCUUAUUUUGUAGAUGGAGGAGGUCUCCAUCCUGAGGGGCUCUAAUUGCCGUGCAAAAGGUGCGGCACCAGGAUUCAAGUUUGCAGUCCUGGGUGCAUCUGGUGGGAUUGGCCAGCCACUCUCGCUGCUUAUGAAGAUGAACCCGCUUGUUUCGGUGCUCCAUUUGUAUGAUGUUGCCAACACGCCUGGUGUCACGGCUGACAUUAGCCACAUGAACACUGGUGCUGUGGUGCGUGGUUUUGUGGGCCAGCCGCAAUUGGAAAAUGCUCUUACUGGAAUGGAUCUUGUGAUCAUUCCUGCUGGCAUCCCUCGAAAGCCUGGGAUGACAAGGGACGAUUUGUUCAACAUCAAUGCUGGAAUUGUCCGGACUCUUUGUGAGGGUAUUGCAAAAUGCUGCCCAAAUGCAAUUGUGAAUAUUAUCAGUAACCCUGUCAAUUCUACCGUACCAGUUGCUGCUGAAAUAUUUAAAAAAAGCUGGGACAUACAAUCCUAAGCGUCUGUUGGGGGU